GGGACGCCUCCCCGGUCCUCAACCACGCCGCUGUGCCCUUAAUCUCCAACAAGAUGUGCAACCACCGGGAGGUGUACGGCGGCAUCAUCUCCCCCUCCAUGCUCUGUGCCGGCUACCUGCAGGGCGGUGUGGACAGCUGCCAGGGGGACAGCGGGGGACCGCUGGUGUGUCAGGACAGGAGGGUGUGGAAGUUGGUGGGGGCGACAAGCUUCGGCAUCGGCUGUGCCGACGUGAACAAGCCUGGCGUCUACACGCGCAUCACCUCCUUCCUGGACUGGAUUCACGAGCAGAUGGAGGUGGGUGUGGCCCCCGCGGCCCGUCCCUGGAUGCCAGCGCCCUCUCCUGCGGCCCCAGUGUGGCUGUGGAGCCAAGGAGCCAUCGCCUGUUCAUCAAGCAGGGCUCUGCGGCCUCUGGGGUUCGACGUGGCUGGUCCCAUGG